AUGGCGGCUUCCACCGAAUCAACAACCGAGCAAGAUCCUUCCGCCCCCUUUUUGGAGCGCGACAUCGUGUCCACCUCCGAGGCCCGUUCCCUGCAGCGGGUGAGUCUGGAGAGUGCCCUAUCCAGCGCCCGGAACCUGCUCCAGUCGCGCAUAGGCGACAACGGGGACAAUGCAUACACCCUGUUGAUGCGGCUGGUUGCGCGCAUUCUGACCGAAACAUCCGGCGAUGUGGUGGACUUUUUCGAAGAGUACUGCCGCCAGGUCAAGCGGGGACACUUUGUGGAGGCGGAGUGUGAGGUGCGGGACGUGAAGGGGGCGGAGCACGAGCACAGGGUGGAGUGCGCGAAGCGGGUUCUUGGUUACGUUAGGGCGUUGGAGGAGAGAGAAUUGGGUCCGACGGUGACGGUGAGCAGCGUCCUGCAGCAGGUUCCGCUGUGGGCGCAGAUGGGGUUUGCUUUACCGCCGUCGACGGACUACUUUAUCGACCGCAAGCUGGAGACGCUGGCCGCAGGCGAAUGCGUUCGGAACGUGCGAUUUUGGGGGGUUAUUCGCGGGCUGACGGCGGAUUAUUACGUGUUGGAGGUGGAACGGGACAAUUUGGAGGCGCUCAAGCUGGAGCUGGAGUUGGACGCGGAAAAGUUCCAGAUUGCGAAGGAGGUUAUUAGUGGGUUGAUCUGGGGAACCGUUUCCGACGAGUCGCUCGUGCACGACUGGUGCGGCGCGGAAUCGAUGGCCAUGGAGAUGUUCGAGCGGAUCCUGGAGACGGCGAUUCCACCGAACACGGACGAAGAGCUGGCUCGAACGGUUGCGGUUCCGGUGAUGGACGGGUUGUUGGAGGAAGCGAUCGACGAGGCGCAGGAACCGGAAGUGGAACUCAGCGUCAUGGGUAGCUUGGAUGUGGUUUCGUGCAACGCCACCGUAGAUUCGUCGGAACUCAGCCUGAAUCAGGUCAAAUUUAGCGCGUUGAAAACGCUGCUCGAGGUGAAGCUGAACGUGGUUCAGUACGUUGUCAGUCCGGAUCUGACCCGGGAUAGCUGGGUGACGCUUCCUGGGAUCACGCUGGACAAAAUCAAAGUCUCCCGAGAUUUGAGAACCUACUUCAAGGGGAAUCCCGAACCGCAAGAGCAAGCCUAUUUGAGGGCCGUUUUGGCCAGAAUCACCUUGGACCGGUUCAACGGGUCACCGCCGGAAGAUUUGACGCCGCCGCGGUUGUUUUGCAACAGGGACGUGGCCGUGUUUUACAAGGCGACCGGAAUUCCGAAAGGUGAUUGGACCGUCAAGGAGGUUGGGGACAAGCUGCCGCGCGUCGUUUGGCGUCGGUCUGGCGUGUGGCCAGGGUCGUUUACGUACGGGACGGAGCACGUUUACUUUGGUUGGGGACAGGAGAAAAUCUAA